UAUAAGGAAGAUACAAAUAGACCGAAUAUGAAAUGCCCCGAAUAGUCCUUUUGUUUUCAAACCAAUUCAAUUUUCAGUAUGAAGUUUCAGUUCGGCUGUACGAAAAAGAAAAGAAAAAAAGAAAAAGAAAAAAUAAUCAAAUUUCUACUGGCGUUGGGGGCCCGGACGAUGCAAGCUGAGUGCUUUUUCUGAAUAUACCCCAACUCUAUGGAGUUAUGGACCUACGUUGUCGGAUAAACUAGUAUUUACUUUCACGGUGAUACAUAAUAUUAUCGUCACUUUUAUCAUGCAGAGUGCAUAAGUGGGCGGUGUUGUUUGUCUUGGCUUGCUUGAAUCGGUGCAUAGGACCUGAAGAAGUAACCAGUCUUCUUUUCCAUAUUAAACGCAUUUGUCAAGAUGGCUCCUCAAAUCGUCCUUAUGACCGGUUGUUCGGCCGGAAUCGGUCUCGCCAUGGUUCAACGUCUCGCUCGAGACCCCGAUCAGCGAUUCAUCAUCAUUGCCACGGUGAUUGCGAUGUCGGAGAAGAACGACCUCGAAGCUGAAGUGAAGGACGAACUCGGUAGUAAAGUUUUCAUUAAAGAGUUAGACAUCACAAAGGAUGAAAACAUCACUGAAGUAGUCGCGGAUGUCGUCAAGAGUCAUGGUCGUAUCGAUGUCUUGCUCAACAUUGCCGGACUUGCUAUCGUCGGAAUUCCCGAAAGGAUCACGCGGGAGCAGAUCGACAAAGUCUUUAACGUGAACGUGAUCGGGACGAUGAGACUUACCCAGGCAGUGCUGCCUCACAUGAAAGAGAAACAAUCGGGAAAGAUUAUCACUUUUUCUAGCGUGGCAGGCAAGAUCGGUGCUCCUUACCUUGAAUAUUACUGUGCAGCCAAGUUCGCCGUUGAGGGCUUCUUUGAGUCUCUAGCAGCCUGCGUAAGGGCUUUCAACAUCAGAGUAUGUCUGAUUGAACCGAAACCGGUCCAGACAGCCCUUUGGGAUGGGAUUCAGAACGACAUCAAAGCAAGCGCUGCCGAUGAGUCCGUCUCCGACAUCGACCGUCGCCAGCUUCGAAACCUGCUCGCUCGAUGGGACGUUACUUCAGCCCUGACCACUGACGACAUCGUCGAAGCUUUGAUGACCAGGUGUGUCGACGUCGACGAACCCGUACUCAGGCACAUGUUCGCUGGAAAAUUCAGUGAGGUUAUUCAGAAAUUCGCAGGGGACAUGACCGGUGAAUCCGGCCUUGCUGCUCUGGCCUAUCGUCGAUAAGUGCUCUUAAAUAAUUGUGAAAAUAAUUUGAAAAAAAAUUACCCAGUCCUUGCUCUGUAAAAUGUUGGGUUAAACGAAAGAGCUUCCGUGAUGAAACUGUAGAACCCGAUGAUGGUUAUGUGUCCUCACUAACAUAGGACAAUCUCCUUUUUCAUACAAAAAAUUGCAAAACCGAAUAUUGUAACGGUUUUUAAGAUCACAAUUCCCCUGGACCAUGGUCCAUGGAAGUCCCUGACUCUUCACAUCUAUUUGGGGCAGUAGGGUUUCACACCGUUUGGACAAUUAGUUCCCGUCCUGAUCCACACCGUUCACCCUGUAAUUUGCUUAUAUGUGUUUGUUUUAUUUUACAAUGUUUAGGAUUAAAGGAAAUUCAAAGUUUUUGUGUGGGGUCAUGAAUUUGGUU